UACAAGACGCGUAAUUUCAAAAAUGUUUAUACGUUAUUUCAAAUUUAAAAACAUUUUAUUUCUUAUACUUUUCUUUAUAUUAAAAUUCAAAAAUUACGAAUGUAAUACGAAUUUAAAUCAAAGAUUUUAUACAAAUGCAAGUGCAAUGACUACAUUUCGUUUUCGGGAUUUUGAACCACGUUACGCCAUGAAAACGGAUGCGUACCUUAAACCAGUUUUAUUCGAUCGUUUAGUUCGAAAUAUACGCAAACCAAGAGGAUUUCAAUUUCAUGCUGAUGAUCGAGAUUUUAAUGUUGAAUUGGAAUUUAUUGUACCCUUUAUUCGCAUACCCAUCGAGAGAGGUAUGACUCUGACACAAACCGCUUUUCGGAGUUUAUUUAAUUUAAAUUUACAAUCCCUAUUGACGACGGGGGGUAUUGUGGCAGUUGGUGGCAUAUUUGCUCUAAUACUAAAAUCUGUAUUUUCACAAUUUGUUUAUAUAAGUGAUUAUAGAAAGACCUCUAGAAAUGAGGAUGCUAAUCAGCCAGACUCUAUCCAGUUCUCUAAAUUUUAUUCGGGAAAUUCUUCGGAAAAUGUUCUUAAUAUUAAUAAGUUCGCCUCUAUAAUGGAAUCUAAAUUACAAGAAAAUAAUAUCAAUAUUAGCCAUUGUAUUCAGCGAUCUUUGUGUAAUUAUGCUCAGCAAAAUUUCUGUAAUAACAAUUCUGUGAGUGGAGGUUUACCCCGUAUUUUGGAUGGUGUUUUUAGCUUGGAUUUGGUGCGCAAUUAUUUAAGUGGCACUGCUAUUAAAGAUGCUUUAGAUUCGGCCAAAGAAGGAGUUGAUUGUGUUGAGGUUUACGCUAAUUGCAAUUGGUCUUUUCCCGUACAAUCUAUGUUGAAACUUGCCAAAAAUUUUUACGAUCUAAAUAUUACAUAA